AUGCCUUUUGGGCUCUUUAAAACAGCCAGCAUAGCUGGUCGGCCUCCAAAGUUCAAGAGCUUUCCGGCAAUAACUUUAAAUAGCAGAGACUCAACUUGUUUUUGGUCGGAAUUUGGUGCGGCCAAAACCACGACGACAGGGUGGAAAACAAGAAACGGGCAUCAUUAAAAUACUGU